AUCCGGAAUGGUCUUCCGUUAGAACUUUAGUGCGUUCCCCGAACUUCCGGGAUGAGUUUGAGUAAAGUCUAGGGUGCGAUGCUGAGAUACCGGUGCCGAUUGGCUAGGCUUGCACUUAGGAUCUUUGCCACAGGAAUGAAUUCACACGUCAUCCCAGCAUGAUCUGCUAUUUUACAUGGAUUUCUAAUUGAGAUAAAAAGGAGUGGUACUCAUCCGUGCACGUUUCGUCUUUACAUUUAAGAGUAUAAAUACACACAUCGGAACAAAUUGCCAUCAUUUCACGUAAUCAGUGAACGUUUUGGGGAACUACCGAGGGCACCGGUCAUGCGGAGUGAUAAUGUGUUAAAUUACUCAAAGUCUACAUUUAGAUUAAGAUGAAGUUAGAGCAAUAAUUCAAACCACAUUUGAUUGAUCCCGAAAAUAAACAUUACCCGUUCAGCGAUAAGGAAUCACGAUGCAACAGCAUUGGGUGUUUUUACUCUGACGUCGGAGAACACACCGGAGUACCCAAGCUCAACUCGUGGAAGGAACAUCAACAGUUAUUUGCGUUGACGAAAAUUUCAAAAACAUGAAUGACACGUUUCUUGAUGAUAAUUCGACUGUGAGCAAUGCUACCGGGAAGCAGUGCCACACAUGGCUGGCGGAUGAACUUCCGUCAUUCGUCAACAUCACCUUAGAUGACCUUAACAGCCAAUUUGUGCGAAGGAAUAUCGGAGGCAUUGGGCUUCUCUCUAUUUUCAUCGUUAUUGGUCUCAUCGGAAAUACCCAUGUUCUGUUCAUAUACUUACGCCAGUUUCGGACCUCCAACUAUAAGAUAUAUGUCCUAUAUCUUGCCAUAAUGGAUGUCAUGAAUUGUUGCGUUGUAGCGCCCCUUGUGAUAUCGUACCUAUUCUUUCCACUGACGUACCCGUCUCUAGCAUUGUGUAAGGUAUUCCGGUUCUGCUUGUACUUGUUUUCUAUUGCUUCCACUUCCUCCAUGGUGGUUAUCGCCAUCGACCGACACAAAAAGAUAUGCAGUCCUCUUGGUCCGCAGUUUACCAUUCGGAAGGCGAAGCUUUUGUGUGUUGGAAGUUUCGUGUUUUCAAUCAUUCUUUCCUGGCCCGCUACUAUACUGUAUGGACUCAGCUCAAUAGAAACCGGAAUUCCAGGAGUUCAAACCGGUUAUAGAUGUUACACUCACGAUGACUAUAAAGGAUCAAUGUACCAGGUUGUAUUCCAUCUGAUGCUUACAGUGUAUUUCAUCGCUGUCAUUACCUUACUCAUCAUAGUAUAUAUUAAAAUUGGUCGUCACAUACACGCUCACAGAAAGUUUCAAUCAACUAUCCGACGGAUGUCUGCAAGAUCGGAAGAAGAAAUAAAAAUGGCUACCGGAAGUGCUGCUCGUAAAACAACCUGGACAUUAUGCGCAGUAACCAUUGGGUAUAUUUGUUGUGCGUUGCCACAUCACACGCUUGCGCUGUUGAUAUUUAUCAACAAAAACUUUGACUGUGAGUUGUCACUUGAAGGGUCUCAAGUAUAUUACACAUUUAUUUGGUCAUACUUUGCAAAUAGCGUCAUUAAUCCUUUAAUAUAUGGGAUCAGGGACCGGAAGUUUAGAUUUGAAUUUCGUAACAUGUAUAAAAGAUAAUUCGUAUGAGAGAAUUUGAUGCAUGAUGACAAUCACAUUUCAAAUGCAAUGUAGUGUAUAAUCGUUAAAUCAAAUCAUGAGCGAAAUUUAAUUCUAUUUCAUUUACAAAAUACUGUAAACGUGCAUAUUAAAGCGAUAUUCAAAGCGUUUUUCCUUCUUUUUUUUAAACUUGAGCUAAAUUAUGAUUGCACUUAUUGACGUUUCUGUGCAUGUAAAUAGUAUUUUAUUGCAUAUAUUGUGAAUGCUCCAAUUCACCAAUGUGCUAAUAAGUUCGAAUGCGAUAAUAUCCUAAAAUCUGGGGUUGUUAAAAUUUAGUACUUUUUAACAGUAUGUGGGUAGCGAUUCUAACGUCUAUGUACAACUAUGGCAUUUGUGGGGUUUGCAUAUAUCUGUCUUAAACCUAAUAUUGUAAAUGGUUUGCCCCUAUUAUCAUUCCUUGAUAUAAAUUAUAACAUUGACACACUUAGGAAAAUAUGAUUUUUGUUUUUUAUAUAUCGUUUUUUUGUAUUUUGGAAUUAUUAGAAAAAAAGUGUAAACGUUUGCCUGUUCACUUUAAAAUGAAAUCGAAACGAUCUUUUUUUUUUUAGUUUGCAGCAAAUUUCAGAUAUGUUUUAUUGUUGUCAUUCAUGUUGUAUUCAAACCCACAACAACAAUCGUAUUAGCAUAUAAGUCUAAACAAAUGAAAAUAAGUUAUGUUUGUGGUAAGUAGUUGUAAUUUCAAAAGAUUGAAUACAUAAUCAUUUCAUAUACCAAAUAUCUGGAUAAUAAACAUGAUUUGAAAAUCUGAAAUUAAAUUAUUACAAUUUUCGAAAAUAUCUCGGUUUUGAAAGGAGACCGUCCUUUUUUAAAAGUCCUUUUAUACCCGACAUAAAUCAUAUUUCCUUUCUUGUCGCGAAUUAGUUUUAUUAUAAGGAAAACAGCCUAUUUUCUAAUCAUUAUAACUAAGAUUUGUAAAUUAGCGUUUCAUUGUGUUUCCAUAAAUAUUUGAUGCUAUGGUUGUAUAUAUGAUGUAACAGCCGGAUGAUCUAGAACACUUACUGUUUAAACGGUUCGAAAAUAAACCGGAUUUGAAAACAGGCUUAAGAUUCUUUUCUAAAACUAUAUGAGCCAUCGCUUUUGUUAUCGUUAUUCUUAUUCCGUCUUUGCGUAUUGCAGAGUUAUCUUCUCUUGAAAGCAGGUAUUGAUUGUUACGUCAUUUGUUUGU